AUGAAUGAGACGCUAGAAGUCGAGGGGAAGUACAUGCUCGAGGAGCUCGCGAUGAGUGAGUGUAGCUCCCGGGCGACGCUCUCUCCUCUUCCACCAGUCAUCCCAUCAAAAGAUAUUCCCGGCGACGGAGAUCUAUAUCAUGUACAGCGACUUGCGGACGAGAAAAUGGCUGAUGACAGAGCGCGCGAACAACGAGCCUACGACUUGAAGUUUGAGCAUCUUGGUCCCCAGCCUGAAACCAUAGAUGACUUCAUCCGAAACUACUUCGCCAAAAUGGGUUUCAUGAAAACACUGGCCAAGUUCCAAGCUGAAUGGUUCGAAAAGGAGCAAAAGGGCAUCAUAAAGCGCGGCGACCGGGAGAAGGUUAGAUCCGUUUACUUGGAAAAUCAACUCAUGCUUGAUCAAUUAGCGAGGCUAAGACACGAAAAGUCACAACUAGAAAACCAGAUCGAUGAAUUGAAACCUUUAUUCUCAAAAUUACGAAAAGAAAAAGACUAUCAUAAAAUGCACCACAGCCGUUUGGAACAAGAAAAGUCGAAGUUUAUACAUGAUCUGAAAGUCACGAAAACUCACUACGCUAAUUAUCCCGAGGAAUUGAGUAAACUACAAGCCAAAUACCAAACAGCCAUGAAGGAGAAAAUGCUCAUCACACUUGAACGUGACCGACUGGUUGGAAUACUCUCAGCAAUGCCAAUAAAUGAGAAGGAAUCUAUGGAUGGAUCUGAGGAUCGUGUGUUCCGCCCAACUGUUACAAAAACAUCUGAAAUCGACCCGUCAUCGCCCAAACUCUCUCCAAGAGCGGACACAAACACACCAUCUGUUUCGUCGGGAACAGCACAUGAAGGUCCUGCUGCCCUUCGGGACUCGGUUUUCCCCACAGAUAGACGUAUCAAUCCUCUAAUGGAAUCAACCACAUGUCUUGUGAAAUCGUCCAUGUCCACUAAGAUGAGUUCUAUUCGUGUCUCGCAGACGCACGUCUGUCACCAGAUGCCUGUCGCCUGGGUAGAUAUUCACCCAAACAAGCACAAAAUCUGUACGGCCUCGGAUGAUCACACUUGGCAGGUUGUCGACAUGGCCACUGGCGACUGUCUACUCGCCGGUUCUGGACACUCGGACUGGGUCAGUUGCGCCAAAUUCUCUCCGGAUGGUGAAUAUCUCGCGACUUCUAGUGGUGACCGUAGCGUUCGACUUUGGAACUUAGAGAAAGAAGCGUGUGUGGCUGACUUUGACGACCAUACUCAAGGAACUUGGUCUGUCGCUUGGCAUACUUGUGGUCAGUUCAUCGCUUCUUGUUCAAUGGAUAAUACGGCCAAGAUCUGGGAUUUGGGAUCGCAGCGAUGCAGGAACACCCUCAGAGGCCAUAACCGCGCUGUGAUGAGCUGUGAAUUUGUCUACGGUUCUAACGCGCUUCUUACUGCUUCAACCGACAAGAGUAUGAGAUUAUGGGACGCUCGAACAGGUCUCUGUCACCAGAACUUCCUUGCACACACAAGUCCAAUCAAUCACGCAACUUUCUCGCCCGGUGGAAAUAAAAUCGCAUCUGUCGACUGCAGCGGAAAGUUGUUGAUCUGGGACGUACGAAUGAUUCAAGUAGAGCAUGAGAUAAGCUUGGGCUGCGAGGGUCAUUCCACGUCGUGGGACAUUGGACAAGAGAUUAUAGCUGUUGGCUUGGAUAAUGGCGUGAUCGAGAUCGUCGAAUUCGAAACUAUGAAACGGGUUCAACUGCGAGACCACGAGACCUCUGUAAACUGCGUUCAGUUUGAUCCACUUGGAGAGCUGCUCGUGUCUUCAGCAGCAGAUGGCACCGUCAAAAUUUGGGAAUAA